AUGGCCUCUCAUCAUCUAGCCAUUGCAAAGGCCUCCUUCUCAGCAGGUCUGUUACGCCCAGAUCCAACCUCAGUCCCUAGAGAGGAGAUUACCACCUUCCAUACCUCCUUCGACCGCGCCCUGUCGCAUUGCUCUCCAGCAAACAUCCAGACCUGCAAAGCAUGGCUACUCCACUAUGUUGCAUCCUCAGCCAACCGUGUAGGAGGACUAGCCAAAUACCUGGUCGCACUGGCGGGCUCCGAUGAUGCGCCCACAGCUACUAAGUCCAGCCCGUCUCCGAAGCGUCGCCGGCUCCACAUACUUUAUCUGCUCAAUGAUCUAUUCCAUCAUAGCAAGUACCAUCUGGAUGCCACGGCGACCUUUUCCACACUCAGUGGGUCCCUACAACCAUAUAUGGUGGACCUACUUGGACAUGCGGCAGCCUACGACCGGCAGAAGUAUCCCCGGUAUCAUAAGCGGCUAGAUGAUCUUCUGGGGAUCUGGUUCGAGCACGGAUACUUCAGUCCCGACCUACUACAUCGACUGCGGGAGGUUGUUAAGAACUCAGCCUCGGCGGAGGCAGCCCCGCUAUCGACCGAUCCCCUCGCUGAUGAUGCCGAUGCAGUCAAAAGGCCACUUGGCAAGGAUGUGCCAUUUGUAAUGCCGUCUACACAUGGAGAUCAGUCCACGCCGUACUUUGAUCUUCCGGCGGGCAAUUGGCUGCCUCAUAUCAUUCCCAAUUCCACCAUUCCUCUUCAUCCUGACAGCAUUAAACCUUUACACUUUCUGGGAGGCCCCGCGGACGAGACGCUUGUCACAGUCCUCAAGGGGUUUAUGAAAGAGGUGGACCAUAUAUAUGAUACCGGUGAUCUUGUGAAGGAUGAAGAGAACGUGGAUGUGGACGAGCUGGGCCAGAGAGUGCACCGAGAUGAAAUUACUGGAGAUAUCCUCGAUGGCGAAACAUACUACGGCUGGUCCCGUGCAUUCUGCCAGCAAAUGAAAAAGAACACACACAAUUCAUCCCGGGAUAGUCAAGAUCGGGACAGGAUCGAUAAUGGCUACAAACGACGAUACAGUGAGAGCUCUAUGAGCGACAGAAGCAGGCGAUCAGACUCUCGAUCCCGAAGUCGAUCUCGGGUCAGUAGACCCAAGUCUCACCGACAUGCACCAGGGUCUAGAAGCCGUAGCCGCGAAAGCUCAUACUCUCCCCGGGAACCAUCCCCGCCCCAUUUCCCCCCACCCCAUCAACCCUCUCACGCCCACCCUCCUGCUACUCACUCUCAACCCUAUAAUCCCCAAUUUGGAUUCCCUGCCCCACCCCCACCUCCACCGCAGUAUCCUGGGACCUGGCCACCAGCUCCACCCCCACAUAUGCCGGGCAUGCCCUUUCCCCCACCGGGCCCCGGAAUGAGCCACCCGGCCUUUCCUCCAUCUUUCCAUGCUCAACAGAUGAAUCUUCCCCCUGGUCAGCCCCUUCCUCCUGGCCAGUAUCACUUCCCUCCACCUCAUUCUGGCGGUCAUUCUGGCGGUCAGCAUGGGGAGUCUCGGGGAUCACAAGGAGGCCGUGGUUGGCGGUAA